GGGGAGAGCUCAGAGGCAGGAGAGGGGCCUUUGGGGACCGCAGUACCUUCGCUGAAGCCCCAACGGGCAGAUCCGCCUGUCACAGGCUGAAUUUUGCUUUCCAAAGACAUCAGAAAUCAGAGGUGGAAACCCCAUGCUCCUGCUUGUGAGGUGUGAGCACCCAGUGCUGCCCUUACAGGUGUGGAGGAGCAUGCGAGAUGCGGGCAGCUACCGAGACAUCCUGGCCGCGCUGGUCGUCCUGGCUGGGCUGGCAGCUUGUGGAUCUGGCAAUGAAAUCAUAGAGGGUCCCAAGAACGUCACGGCGCUGAAGGGCUCGGAGGCUCGCUUCAACUGCACCAUCUUGCGGGGCUGGAAGCUCAUCAUGUGGGCUCUGAAAGGCACGGUGGUUCUGAGCAUCACGCCCACAGAGCCCAUCAUCACCAACAACCGCUUCACCUCCGCGAGUUAUGAAGAGGGUGGUAACUUCAUCUCUGAGAUGAUAAUCCACGACGUACAACUCAAUGAUACGGGGCAAAUCAAAUGCAGCCUCCAGAACAGUGACCGGGAUGGAUCCGCCUUUCUUUCUGUCCAAGUUAUGGGGCGGUUGUUCAUUCCUGAAGGCAGUCUAGUAGUCAUGGAGGAUAAGCCUUGUAAUGUCACUUGCCGCGCAUUGGGCUGGACCCCACUCCCACGUCUUUCCUGGGAGAUCGGGGUUCCCGUGAGCCAUUCAAGCUAUUACUCCGUCCUGGAGCCUGAGGACCUUCAAAGCGCAGUGAGCGUUCUGGCUCUGACGCCACAGGGCAAUGGCACUGUGACAUGUGUGGCUGAGAUGAAGGGGCUGCACGUCCACGAGUCGGUAACUGUAAAUCUUACUGUGGUUCAGCCUCCCUUGGACAGUAUUGAUAAACCAGGUACAUCAUUGCCUGCCUGGGCCAUAGCUCUACUUGCAGUAUCAUUGUCAUUGCUUUUGAUCGUGAUCAUUGUUCUGGUUAUAAUGUUUUGCUGCUGUGUCUCCAGGAGAGAGAAAGAAGAAUCUAGUUAUCAAAGUGAAAUAAGGAAAUCUGCAAAUAUGAAGACAAACAAAGACACUUCUGGGACAAAGUUAAAAAGCGGAAAUGAAAACUAUGGCUACAGUUCAGAUGAGCCGAGGACCACAAAGACUGCUUCUCUCCCUGCAAAGUCCUCUGAAUCCAGUGUUCCAGAACAACGUGGCAGUAGGCAACCGCAUCAGGGAUCUGAUCAGCACCAGCUGGGUCCAGCAAGUCGCCCACAGGUUUCCUUUAACGUGGCCAGUCCUAAGAAGGUCAGGAAUGUGACUUUGGUAUAGUAUAGGCAUCCCUUUGGCUCCACAUGGCAAAUGGACCUUGGCUGAUGACCUACAUUGAGAUAUUGUCAGCGCUCAUGAUGAUGUCAUCCCUGCUCAUGAUGAUGUCAUCAUUGCUCACAAUGGUGUCGCCAUUGCUCUCCAUCAUCCUAUGGCUGGGCUCCAGCUUUGCCAACAUGACCUAGAAGAAGCGAUGUUGGCAUCAUUGGAAUGGAUAUUUUAUACGGAGGGAAGGAAUCCAUUUUCCCAGCUUCUAAAGUGGAAUUUGACUUUUAAAAUGUUUCGAGAUUUCAGUGAAUUCCAUAGUUACUAAGUAAAAGCUGCAAAUUCAUCAUGAUCGUGCUUCUCACCACUCAACACUCCUGCUUGCUAACCCAACAAAUGGUAGAUAAGUCUACAUCCCACCAUGACAUUUAAGAAGUUCUUAUUAUCUGAAAUCCUAUGAAGUGAUAUUUAUGUAUGUUUACUAUGUGGGUAUUAUUGCAUAUUAUCUGUGAAAAAAAGAGGAUAAAAACUAGGAUCAAUCAGACAUCUAAAAUUGCCCAGAAUGGGGAGCUCCCUGGUGGUCCAGUGGUUAGGACUUGACGCUUUCACUGCCAUAGCCGGGUUCUAUCCCUGGUUGGAAAACUAAGAUCCUGCAAGCCACGUGGCGUGGUAAAAAAUAAAAAUAAAAAUUGCCCAGAAAAUCAGAACUUAUAGGUUAUAAGUAAUUUUAAAUUCUAAAGCUAAUGUGUACCUUGAGAAAUAUCUCAUUAUUGAAUAUUGACAUGAAGACAUUCAUUUUUAUCUGCUCCCUUAUCAGUCUUGUUCUCAUGUGCUCGGAUGAAUUAGAUGUGGAUUAUGUUUUGUGGGGGACAUACCUCCAGCCAUGAAAAAACUGGAAAUGGGCAAUAUGUUCUUUCAUAAAUAAAAG